AUGAAUUGGAAUGCUUCCGGGCAGGGAGACGAACACAGGGGGGGCCGUGUUGACAGGGCGGAGUGGACGUGGGAGAUGCUACGGCAUGGACAGGACAGGAAAGGGACGAUGCUGUUACAGGACAGCACAAAUGUACGCACAAGGCAGGAACGACGUGCCUACGACGUCUACGACGAAAUGCUACGGGAAGGUGACACGAAAGCGCAAAAUCACGAGCGACCCAACGACGACCAAGUUCGCUCCUUCUCGAUUUGCAGAAAGGGGGAGAACGACACAGAGGCUGAGAGCGACGGUCGUGAAAAAAGAGACAAUGGGCGCAUGCGGAUGAUGGGUGAUAUAUAUGGGGAAAGUGGAAAUGAGAGGCCGAGACGGGUCGUGGGCCUUGGGGGGGCCUGGGAGUGUUUCUGUGAGUUCUGUGAGAGGGGGGGUUUGGGACCGGGACUAGAGGGGGAAAGAAGGAACGGCGGGACACUGCUACUGCGACUUCGACCGAGGAUAUGGGGUGUGUUUGGUGUCGUUUUCGGUGACCACGGACGUGUCAAUACACAAUUCACGAAGAACAGGCAGGAAGGUCCGGGGAAGGAGGAAGCGAGAAACGACGGUGGACAGAGGGAAGGAAGAAUGGGCCAUGAAGGCAGAACGGGUGGACGAAAUGGGAAGGAACGACACGCGCACGAGCAAGAAUGA